AUCGACAUCUAAGUCAAUCAGUUUGUUUAAGUUGCAAGGAAUCAACUCAGGGAAUUAUAAUAAAAACAAAAGCCAAAAUGAAGAUUGUUGCAGCUCUUCUUCUAUGCGCUCUUGUCGUUCUUGCCGUAGCUGUAGACGACGAAUCACUGCGUGAUCACACUAACGGACAACCCGGUUGCCGAACCCAAGAAGAACUCGACAGGAGAUUCUGGAGGAACAACUUUGAUCCCACUAGAUUUUGGGAGUGCACUACACUUAAUCAAGCUGCUUCAGCCGUAACUUGCGAAGAGCACACUGGACAAGUAGGUUUGGCUUGGUUUGACGAAAGACAAGAGUGCGUGGAUUGGUCAGAAUGGCAACAUACCAUGCCCGUUGCUCCACCAUCCCGCCCUUAAAUCAAACAUCUUUUGCCGUUCAAAUUACCUGAUGUGCCCCUUCAUACCCACAUGUUAUCAAUAAACAUUUUGUUUUGACUGCA